CCGCCGCUCCGGGAAGCGCCGCUCGGAGCCGAGCCGGGCAGGACCAUGGCGGGCCGGGGCUGGGCGCUGCUGACGCUGCUCGCCCUGGCGCUGCCCGCCUGGGCGCCGGACCCGUAUGGAGAAGAAUGCAGGAGCAAAAUGUACCCUCCUUCAGGACCAACGUUCAAAGGGAAUAUACCCACAUACGUCAUAAAUCUCGAUUUACCUCCCAGCAAAAGGUGGGAUGAGUUGAUGCGUGACAAAAAGACAGAGUUGAAGACUGUGGUCCAGAAUAUUAAAGAUAUAGCAAAUACCUUCUUCCCCAGUGGCAAAGUUGUUGACAUAGUGGAUAACAAAAUAGCUCAUCUGACUGCCACCCUCCCUUAUCCUUUCAAUGAAGAGCUCCAAGGGAUUGCAAAUUCAUCUGGGAUUCCUUUGGGGGAAAUCGUGAUUUUUAACAUUUUUUAUGAAAUUUUUACUGUAUGUACAUCAAUAGUGGCAGAAGAUAAAACAGGGAAACUGUACCACGCCAGAAACUUGGAUUUUGGACUGUUCCUAGGGUGGGAUGUUAAAAAUAAUUCCUGGACGUUAACUCGGGAACUGAAGCCUUUAGUGGUACUUUUGGACUUUCAGAGAAACAACAAAACAGUGUUCAAGUCCACAAAUUUUGCAGGAUACAUAGGCAUGGUGUCUGGAGUCAAACCAAACUUGUUCACUCUGACAAUGAACGAGCGUUUCAGUCUUGAUGGUGGUUAUGUGGGAAUCUUCGAAUGGUUUCUUGGUAGAAGAGAUGGUAUGUGGAUGGGCUUUCUUACAAGAACAGUAUUAGAGAAUGCUACAAGUUACCAGGAUGCAAAAGACAGACUGGCAAAAACAAGACUUCUGGCUCCAGCUUACUUUAUUCUGGGUGGAAAAAAUUCUGGAGAAGGGUGUGUGAUAACUCGAUCCAGGACAGCUGCUCUAGAUAUCUGGGACCUUGAUAUCAAGAAGGGCACGUGGUACGUGUUAGAAACCAACUACGAUCGCUGGAAGCCUCCACUGGUGCUGGAUAAUCGUAGAGGACCCGCAAUGAAAUGCCUGAACCAGACAACUCAAGAGAAUCUCUCCCUACCAGCAAUUUAUGAUGUUCUCUCCACAAAGCCUGUCCUCAAUAAGCUGACUGUGUGCACAACGCUGAUGGAGGUGUACAAUGGCCAUACAGAGACUUACCUGCGGGAAUGCCCAGAUCCCUGUAGCCCUUGGUAGCCCUGUACCUCUCCUGUGUUGGAAGCUGCUUGUCCAAAUUGGCAUCCUCCACGAGAAAAUGCUUCUGGAAAGAGAUAACUCAGUCUAACUCCUUUGUUCAGAAAUCUAAUGGCUCUAUAGAAAUGGCAAAACACUUCUAACAAUGAAGGACCCUGUCUCACAGCAGACUCUUCUUGCUUUGUUCUGCUGACAAGAAAUGUAUCCUCAUGAGUGUCUGGUAUGAUUUCAGCCAUUUCUGUCAAAUGAGUUCAGCAAUAAGUUCUAGAUCUCUUCAGUCUUUGCAGUAUUCUUGGUGUGUUGUUGGUUGGGAGUUUGUUAAUUUUGGGGUUUUUAGUAUGGUUUAUUUCGAUUAAAAUCCUUCAAAAGGACACAAGUUAUAAUGGCACCUACCAAGCAUCAAAAAGAAUUGGGUAUAAGACAACCAUCGGGAACAAUACAAUUCUAUUAUUCUUUCAUAAGCACUUAAAUUGCUAUUGUUCUGGUUUAAUACGAGGAUAUGUCUGAUAUGCACUUUUAUAAAAUAGCCUACUAAGUGUCAUAUUCUGUCACAGAAACAAGGUCUUGGGGAAAUAUCUGAAAUAAGAUCUGAGCCAAGAAUGUCUUGCUACUGAUUUGUAACUCUUUUGCUGAAGCUCUUUCUUGGCUUGUUAACAAAUGUGGUUUUUUUAAUGCAGAUUUUUCUGUUAUCUCAAAAAAAAUACUAAUACAAUAAAGAAAAUAUACUUUCUGUGACCAAAGUACACAUGUAUUGGUUUCAUACUUCAGUCUAAGACAUCAUGCAUGUUAGAUACCACACGGCAUAAACUGCUUUCAUUUCCAAAUAGACUGUCUGAAAAACUGAUUUCUUAUGAUUUUGUAAACUGGUAGCUAAAGCUAUUAUCAUAAUAAACUAAUUGGGUUGUUUUGGGAGGAUUUUAGUUGGUUGGCUUUUUUGAAAGUGAGAAAAGGACACCAAGUCAGAUUACAUCAUUGUCUGGAAUUCAAGUUAAGAAAGAAAGGUCCUUUAGAGAGAAGUAGUAGCACCCUAAUAUCCUUGGAUGCAGGUAAUGUAGGAGGCAGUAGUUUUACCUGUGCCACUGGCUGCAUUGCUGGGGCUAGCUUACAGUUCCAGCUCUUGUGUUUUCUAACAUGUGAGGAGAAGACACUGCAGAGUGAGCUUAGGGACUGGUAUGUAUCGUGGUUCCCUUGUAAUAUUUUCUCAACCCGCUAGGAAAGAGGUGCUAUUCCUAUUCCCAUUGCACCAGGAAUUCAAAGUUGCCAGGAGUGUAAGGGAAGUGUUUGCUCUCUCUUUGGUGUCUACAGAGACAGUAUUGCAUGAGGCAUUCCAAUUAAAACCUGCAAGUUCAUGACAUCCAGUCACAAUGGGACUCUAGAUAGCCAGGACACACAGAACAGUACUGGUGUAAUGCAGAAGUUGAGAGCUGCUACAGUAUACUACAGCUUCCUGUUCCAAACACUGAAGGGUAUUAAAUUCUUUACCCCAUAAUUAGAAAUUUAACACUAAGAAGUCUACAGAAGGGGAAUGAAAUCAAAAUAAUGUCUUCAGGGAAAAAGUGGUGGAUUCUCUAACUCUGGGCAUUUAAGAGUCAGCUGAACAGUGUGCUGGGCCUUCUUGUCUAGAUUGGGCUUUUGCCAAAAAAGAUUGGACCAGCUGAUCCUUGAGAUUCUUUUUAACUCAAUGUUUUAUGAUUAAAAGAUAACCUUGAUUCAUUCCUUGUUUCAGUAGCCAGGUUACCAUUUUACUGCAAACUUGGCUUUUAUUAGAGGCUCUCCUCCCAACAGCAUUGGAAGAAGUGGAGACAGCAGGAAUGCUAUUUACCAAAUAAUUUUAGCAGCUGAUAAAGAAACACGGCUUCUGGUUGAAGGAAAUGAAACACUGAUAUUCUAGGCCUUAGAACAAUGCUUGUAGUAGCACAGCAAUAAGCAAUUCAGGGGGAUGUAACACUGACAAAUUGAGAGCACAGAGAAAUCAACAUCCCACUGAUUAAACAAGGGGCAGUUAGUUGUGCAUCUAAUUUAUUUUUAGCUGAAGCAUGCAAGCAGAAGUAUGUUAGCAUGAUUGUACUACCAGGGUCCAUUUUUAAUCUCAACUAUGAAUAUUGAAUCUAUGUAAAUCAAAUAUAACAAUGCAAUUUAAAUUAGUGAAAAAUGCAUGUGUAAAAUGCAGCUCUUGGGCCAUUUGAUUCAUAAAAGACAAUUAAACCACGUUAGAUGUUGCAGUCUGUACUGCAAAGAGCCCAUCACAGAUUUCUGAGUGCACACCUCAACCUGGUAGGGGAUUGUUUGGAUUUAUGUGGAGUGAAGUUGUGUAACAUAAUCAAAUUACUUGGUAAUUUAAAAAUCAGUUUACUUGCUUAAUUAGUCUUGUCCCACUUUAGCAUAUGUAGAACAAGGUAGUGUAGACUAUUUACAGUUAUUAAGUAAUGUCCCUUGUGUAAGACAAUCCACAUUUCCACACUUGAAAUUGUUUACAAUUGCAAAAGGACAGCUAAAUUCCAUGGAUGUCUGUCCAGAGCCUGAAUGCCUAUGCUGCUAUUGACUAAAAAAAACAAAGCUAUUUAUAAACAAAACCCCCAA